AUGGCCACCAACAACUCUUCCACUCAGGUCCAAGGAUCCACUAAAAGGUCUUCCCAUGAAAAUCCCUUCACUAAAUUAGAGAAUAUGGACAAGGACGGUGCGGUUAAGGCCACCGGGUCUGACUUAGUUAAAGGCACUCAUUCCUGGUUCAUCCAAGAUUUGUGCGAAAGAUUCCAGGAUAUUCUACCAGCCAAACGCUGCAGGGCCUCAGUCGAUGAUUCAGACAAGCAAAAGGCCGCUGUUGACGUCUUACCUGAAUGCAGUAAUACUCAGCAGGUAACAGAUUACUACUGGCAGACCUUUAGCAGCAUCCUCCAAGGCGAUAUCCGCAGGAUUGGUCAAGCUUGGAUUGGACUUAUUGAACCCAACAAACCAAACAUACAUCCCUAUAACAGAGGUGCGAAUGCAAAGCCAAAGUGGUGGCCUGAUGGUGUCCGACAUGAAUCACCGCAUCAUCUUCACACUAACGAGCGGGUCCCUCUCUUGAUCCAUAUUCUCCGCAUGUCUGGGAAAGGAAAAAUUACAUGCGUUGAGUUGCAGGAGGCCGCAGUGCAGAAAACCGCAGUUUCCAAGACCCAAGCAAGGACACUAAAGAUCCUAAACGAGAUCAUUGCAAUGCGAAAGAACGAAGAGAAAGGAGAAACGCGAUGCGACAAUGAUAGCAUUACAGCUACCGGGGCCCAAGACGAAAAGCUAAAUUGCGGGCUCAUCCAAGUUUCCAGGUUAGCGAGCGAUGAAGGACGAGGGGUAUCUUCAGUGGGAAGCCCAAAAGGCCAAAUCGAAGAGAUCUUUCCGAGUAGUCCUUCUGGAAAAUACUCGCCGGGCUUUCCCAGCUCCUAUCCUUCCACAUCUGAAGCACCAGCCAACCCAAUGUACUAUCAUGGAAGCCCAGAAGACCAAAUCGAAGAGAUCUCUCCGACUAGUCCUUCCGGAAAAUCCUCGCCGGGCUUUACACCCAGCUCCUAUCCUUCCACAUCUGAAACACCAGCCAACCUAAUGUACUAUCGCGGAAGCCAGUAUCAAACGCCAUAUCCGGUGUCUCAAUCUAUCAACUUCAGAGCCAGAGUCGAGGCCUGCAAGCAGCUACAUGACGCCUACCGUGACCGUCUAGCGGAAAACGACUUCGAUGACCAAGGCCGAACCUGGCUUGAACGACGACUCCAAUCAAUAGUCAGGGAACUAGAUAACCUUCAAAACAGCGUCCAGGGACUCCUGGCGCAAGAUGCCAAAGACAAGGGCAUAGGAGAUAUGAUCCUAGCAGAGGUUCAGCUGGAAGAUCCUAGCAACGGGUAUGCUCCAGCGUAUCUAAGUCAUCGCCCAGCUGGUGCUGUGUUAGUCGACUUGGCCGUUCUGCCGGAACACACUGCGACUGUUCGCUCCAAAUAUUUGCCAGUGAAUUUUUCUCCCUUCAGCGGCGACGAUCCUUUGGUCUGCUCACAGCCAGGUGACGAUAUUGACCUGAAGAGAGCUCUAGCUUUCAGAAGAGUCCUUUCAAGAUAUGAUAAAGCACAGAGAAUCCGACAGUCUCGGGGUCAAAUACCGGGAUCUGAGAAUGAGCUUAUCAGUAACUGGUUCAGUUCCGAUGACAAGACAGUCCAUCCAGACGGCGCUAUCCUUGUAGACCUAGCUGUUCAUAAGGAGGGUGUCCGCAGGGUUCUCCGCAAGUACGGAGUUAUCGACUUUGUUCCCAUGAGCAAUGAGGAUCCUGUGGUUCUCUCACAACCCGGUGAUAUAAUGGAAGACAAGCAGAUUGCUGCUUAUGAGGAUAUGUUGGAGAGCUGGAAUGGAGAAUCAACUGUCGGUCCUUCGUCCGAAUUGUCUAGAGGUGGGAAGUCUCGCCUGUUCCCUAUUACCCACCCUUGGGAGAUUAUCAAAAAGCUAGAUCUUGGAGAUGUUGUCAGGGAAGCAGUCCCUCUGGAAAACCAAAUAAGCCCUCAAGAAUCUGUCCAAGUCGACCUUGCCGUUGAGCCCAGCGGUAUCUCAAGGGUUCGCGACCUCUGCUCAGGUAGUCGAAUACCAGAGAUUGAGUGA